GAUAUAUGUAAUAUCUGCAAAUCUAUUGGAUCAUCGACACGGCAUGAGAUUUGGAAUUAUUGCCUCCUGAUCUUAUCUUCAAAAGCACACAGGUAAUUAAGGUCGUAAUGAGAAGUAUCUGAAAGCUUGCCUUAAGUUUGUUUUCAUGGCUUGAUGCAGAACCGAACGGAAGUUCCCUUUUGCUAGUACCAGGUAAUAUCUUAAACUUCACCCAACGUCAAUUGAACCAUUAUCACUACCCAACAUUACCAUUGGCCAUUUAUCAGUGCCACCAUAAUCUAGAACCCAUACAAUAUCGACAAUACGAUACCUCAAAAGAGUUUGCGCAUCUAAAGGUUAAGAAAUAAUCAGUACCAAUUCUGGCAAUGGAUCUUUUUGGUGGUUCAAAACCCUGGUCGGCCCUUGACUGGACCUCAAGUGAUGAUAGAGUCCGGGGUGGAGCUUCACAAUCUUAUCUUGAAUGUUCCACGUCUUCCUCCAUAGCUACAUUCAGGGGUACACUGGACAUUAAAACUCUGGGGGGUGCAGGCUUUGCAUCUCAGAGGACGGCUGCAGAUCACACUUGGGAUCUCUCAGCGUACGAUGGAAUUUUACUCGAUUUAGGAAAGAGCGAUGGAAAAAUGUACACCUUUAUCCUCAAAGAUGAACUACUUCCAAAAAGUCCCAAUGGAAGAGAACAAAGCACGAUUAGUUGGGAGUUUGACUUCAAGGGCCCGGGAGAUCAUUCAUCGAUCUUUGUGAAGUGGGCAGAUUUGAAACCCACUUAUAGGGGACGGGAAAAGAAAGAUGCCAUCCCUCUAGAUUUGAAGAACAUUAAAAGAUUUAGUAUUAUGAUGCGAAGCUUUUUCGGCACCCAAGAAGGGGACUUUUCCCUGGGUGUCGUCUCGAUAUCCGCCAUAACAGACAAAGAGAAUAUCGAUACACCAUAUCGAGAUGAUCCCAAUGAGAAAGGUUACACGGAUUUGGAUUCUAGAAAGGGUGAAGAUGCCCCUACAAUGCGGCAGAGCUGGAUGGCCUGGUUCUUUGGGUGUAAUGUAUCAUAGGAAUCGACGGACCGGUACAUACAUGAUUGGCCUCCACAGUGAUUCCGGCGGCAAUCUCAUCGCGCCACGAUAUAUCCACCCCCGCUUUCAACCUUGUCCACACGAGGUUCGUCUGAAACACCUUGUCAAUUCUGGUGUUGGCCAAUGAGCAUUGGAUACUACCGGAAGUCAGAUGCUUAUCCUAUCCGGUUUCUUCAUGCAACUGUGAAGAAUGAUCCACUAUUCUUGACAGAGAAAGUCCGUUAAAGAUUUCCGUCCGGAAGUAUAAUAAAAUAUUCUGUACCGCAUUUAGAUCUGCCACA